AGGAGGAUUUACAUACUUAAUUACUCAGGCCUGUCUCACAUGGUGGGCAGGAAUAUCUGAAAGCAAUAAAAGCUACAGGUGGUACAGGUCAGCAACACUUGCAUCAGACACCGACACCCACAGGUAGACGCUGCGCUGUCGCUGCUGGAGGUUGCUACGUGUAACAAUCAUCUUUGGUCUUCAACUACGAUGGCACUCAGACUGUUCAUCUGCCUCGUGAUCCUCAGCCUUGUGGAUGAGGGACACAGUAGCUGUUAUGAGCCCCUUGAUCCAGGCACUUGUAAAGCAAACAUUACUAGGUAUUAUUUCGACAUCUCUUCACAAAUAUGCCAGAACUUCACCUACGGGGGCUGCCAAGGCAACGGAAAUAAUUACGUUACCAUGGAAGACUGUACACGUGACUGUGUUUGCUCCUUGCCCAAUCAGCCGGGUCCUUGUGAAGCGUACAACCCCAGGUACUUCUUCAACGUAGCUUCCAAGUCCUGUGAGAAGUUCAUCUACGGCGGCUGUAAAGGCAACGAGAAUAAUUUUGAGACUUUGGAUGACUGCCAGCAUUCCUGCCUUCCAUACUGCAACCUGCCAGCGGAGAUAGGCCCUUGUAGAGCCUCAAUUGUAAGAUAUUUCCACAAUGCUACAACUGGAGCUUGCGAGGAAUUUACUUAUGGCGGAUGCGCAGGCAACGCAAACAACUUCGAGACGAAGGAAGACUGUGAGAAAGAGUGUCACGAUUCCUGAGAUGUCGGCAACUGAGACAUAAAGAACCAUUCAGCUCUUUCGUAUUUUGUUCCGAACUAAAUCAUAUAAUCUAAAGAUACAAGCAGCUGGAAAAAAAUGUAAAGAGCACAUGUUCAAGUGUCUUGAUAGAAUACAGAGAACGUUGACAAGAACAACUUAACAGUUAUUCUGAAAACGAUAUUUUAUGUCAAACGAAGAAACCAUGGAGAUCUUGUAAAAAUAAAGACAAGAUAACAAAGCAAAAUAAAGCAACAAGAUACAAUGA